AUGGUCUCACCCCCGCAGACUCCAUUAAAGCUUGGAGCAUUCCAGUUGGUCACGCAGCGUUUUGGAGCCUUCCUUGCAGCGUCCGUGGCCGACAUGGCCAUGUGUCUUUGCUGCACGUCGACCGGGUGGGAGGAGGUCUUCUGCAACGCAGACAUUCGUGGGGCUGCACGCGUCCUGUGGCACAUAUGUGAGGACGCGGAGGCUCCAGCUUUUCCACCUGCUGCUCGGGGCUCCCGCAGCUAUGCGGAGAUGUUGCUCGAGGCACAGAACCUCCAGCUUGUCCGUAACUUGGACGAUUUCGAGCUUGAGCUGGAGGGAGCUGAUGCACAGGAUCCCCUGCUCACCGAAAACUACUCCUUCACAUCGCUGGUGCAGCGAUGUGUUGCCCGCCGCGCCUUCGAAAAUGCGGGGUUGCAGCUUCUUUGCGAGGCAGUUGGCCUGAGUUUCCAGGCUCUGCCAGAGGGAGCUGAGGAGGAAGCUCUAAAGCACGCGACCGAAGAAGAAAAGCGGGCGAUCACCGCCCUCGGCUUGACUUGCACGCACCUGGCAGAGGACGUUCGUGCGUCAAAGAGAAGCAGGGAAAGCUGA